GCUGUCACUAUCCCGCCAGUGGGCCAUGGAGGAGCAGGAGGGCACCUGCGGCUCCAGCUGGGAGACCCCACAGGACAAAAGCAGCCCGGAGUCCCCUUGGUCAUGGAUUCCAAUAAUGAGAGACCCUGGAUGGAUUCGAAAUGUAUGGUCUUCAAACAUUAAUGCGCAGACCAUGAACUACGUGGGGCAGCUCGCGGGCCAGGUGUUUGUCACCGUGAAGGAGCUGUACAAGGGCCUGAACCCCGCCACGCUCUCCGGAUGCAUCGACAUCAUCGUCGUCCGCCAGCCCAACGGGAGCCUCCAGUGCUCGCCCUUCCACGUGCGCUUCGGGAAGAUGGGGGUGCUGCGCUCCCGGGAGAAGGUGGUGGACAUUGAGAUCAACGGGGAGUCUGUGGAUUUGCACAUGAAGCUGGGAGACAACGGAGAAGCCUUUUUUGUUCAGGAGACUGAUAACGACCAGGAGCUGAUCCCCAUGCACCUGGCCACCUCCCCCAUCCUGUCGGAAGGAGCCUCUCUGAUGGAGUGCCAGCUGAAACGGAACUCCAUGGACAGGACGAGGGGCCUGGACCCCAGCUUGUCAGCCCAGGAUCUGCCUCCCAGCGAUACCCCUUCCGGGGGCUCGCUGGUGAAGAAGAGAAGGAAACGGCGGAGGAAGUCGCAGCUGGACAGCCUGAAGAGAGAAGACAGCAUGGACGUGUCGGAGGACGAGGACAUGUUUCCCAUAGAGAUGAGCUCUGACGAGGGCCCCGAGCCGCUGGGCACUGCGAGAACCCUUUCUAACGAUAAACCUCCAUUCCAAGAUGAUGCUUCUGAGAAAGACCUUUCCCCUGACCCGACGUACCCUCAGUCGGCAUCUUACCCUAAUUCCGACAGAGAGUGGACCCCGAGUACGAGUAGUCCAAUAGACUGUAAAAGGACGUCCCCACCUCAUCUGGCAGUGGCGGCCGAGAGUGGACUCUCCAGUUCUUGCCCUCCACAGUGCUCUCAGUUCCUCCCUCCAGAAAGUCCUUCAGGUUCCCGACCCUCCACACCUAAAAGUGAUUCGGAAUUGGUCAGUAAAUCCGUGGACAGACCCACGCAGAAGAAUACUCUGGAAAUGCUCUGGCUAUGGGGGGAAUUGCCACAGGCUGCAAAGUCCUCUCCCCACAAAGCGAAGGACUCCAGCCCGCAGAGCAGCAGGAAGGCGUGUGACAGGCUGCACUUCCACGCCAUUCGCAGCAGUGAGCCUGCCGGGGCCUUUAGUGACCAGAUGCCCUUCCAGGCCCCGGGGCCUUUGGUGCCACCCCCACCCCCGCCGCCCCCGCCUUUCGAGGAGAGCACGUCUCCCCCGGACGUGCAGUUCGUGAACGAAGAGGAGGCCGAGUCCCUGGGGGCCGCCGCGGCCCCCUCGCCCACCUCGGAGGAAGCCAAGCCGCUCCCCGUCAUUGUGGCCCCCACGACAGCCCCCAUGACAGCGGCCAGUAGCAAGACAGACUCACCGUCCAGGAAGAAAGACAAACGGAGCCGGCACCUGGGUGCCGACGGCGUCUACCUGGAUGACCUCACGGACAUGGACCCGGAAGUGGCUGCACUCUACUUUCCCAAAAACGGGGACGCCUCCGUUUCGAAGCAGGCCAGCGACAACGGAGCCCGGUCGGCCAACCAGUCCCCGCAGUCCGUGGGCAGCUCGGGCGUGGACAGCGGCGUGGAGAGCACGUCGGACGGCCUGCGGGACUUGCCGUCCAUCGCCAUCUCCCUCUGCGGGGGUCUCACCGACCACCGGGAGAUCACCAAAGACGUAUUUCUGGAGCAGGCCGUGUCGUAUCAGCAGUUUGUGGACAACCCGGCACUCAUCGAUGACCCCAACCUGGUGGUGAAGAUCGGAAAUAAGUACUACAACUGGAACACGGCGGCACCUCUGCUCCUGGCUAUGCAGGCCUUCCAGAAGCCUCUGCCAAAGUCUUCAUGCUUAAGUUACCUUACUGUAAUUUUGGAUGCCAUUAGGUUUUGCUUCUCGAAAAUUUUUAAUUCACAAGUAGCCACUGUGGAAUCUAUCAUGAGGGAUAAGAUGCCCAAAAAGGGAGGAAGAUGGUGGUUUUCGUGGAGGGGAAGAAACACGACAAUCAAAGAGGAGAGUAAACCUGAGCAGGGUCUGAGCGGGAAGAGCCGCAGCACCGGGGAGCAGCCCGCACAGCUCGGCUUGGCCACCAGAAUCAAGCAUGAAUCAUCCUCCAGUGAUGAAGAGCACGCAGCUGCCAAGCCACCCAGCGCCGGCCACCUCCCCCUCUUGUCCAACGUCGGCUACAAAAAGACCCUCCGCCUCACUUCGGAGCAGCUGAAAAGCUUGAAGCUGAAGAACGGCCCGAACUCGGUGAUCUUCAGCGUCACCACGCAGUACCAGGGCACGUGUCGCUGUGAGGGCACCAUCUACCUGUGGGACUGGGACGAUAAAGUCGUCAUCUCAGACAUCGACGGCACCAUCACCAGAUCAGAUACUCUGGGCCACAUUUUGCCCACCCUUGGGAAGGAUUGGACCCACCAGGGCAUUGCCAAGCUCUACCAUAAAGUAAGCCAAAAUGGAUACAAGUUUCUCUACUGUUCAGCGCGUGCCAUCGGGAUGGCGGACAUGACGAGGGGCUAUUUGCACUGGGUCAACGAGAGGGGCACGGUGCUGCCCCAGGGGCCCCUGCUUCUGAGCCCAAGCAGCCUCUUCUCUGCCUUGCACAGAGAAGUGAUUGAAAAGAAGCCAGAAAAGUUUAAAGUCCAGUGUUUGACAGACAUCAAAAACCUGUUUUUCCCCAAUACAGAGCCCUUUUAUGCUGCUUUUGGAAACCGGCCGGCUGAUGUGUAUUCAUAUAAGCAAGUAGGAGUGUCUUUGAACAGAAUCUUCACCGUCAACCCCAAAGGAGAACUUGUACAGGAACACGCAAAGACCAACAUUUCCUCCUAUGUGAGACUCUGUGAAGUGGUUGACCACGUUUUCCCGCUGCUGAAGAGAAGCCAUUCUUCCGACUUUCCCUGCUCAGAUACUUUCAGUAAUUUCACCUUUUGGAGAGACCCACUGCCACCCUUUGAAAACCAAGAUGUCCAUUCGGCCUCUGCAUAAGUUGCUCCAGGCAGCCUCCCUGGCGUCGUCUGCAGCCUAGCAGCCCCAUUAAAGGAUAGGUUUUGGGAACCAUGGCUCGGGCGCUCUGCAGCUUGCCGGGCAGUCAUUUGCUUGUGAGCUGGGAGAACUGAGCAGCAUUUUCCAGCCCCCUCUGUCCUAGGGUGGGUUGACCCUGCUAAGGGGUAAUUGAAGAGUGCACUUUAUAGUCUUGGAGCCAGGUGCAGGCACAGAAUGGAAAACCUACCUUCAAGGCCACUUGGUCCUCCCCACUGGCUUCUGUUCCUAGGGUCUUGGGAAUAGGGCCACGUGGGUUCAAGAUACCUGAGCAGAGGAGGCUGCCCUGAGUCCCCAAUGUCCACAUCGUUCAUUUACUGACUCUGGGCUGAAGGGGAUGGGAGCUCAUUUCCAUUGGCCUGGUAUAGGCACCGCUGCCUGCAGAGUGGAGGGCUGUGCUAGUGUGUGUGUGUGUGUGUGUGUGUGUGUGUGUGUGUGUGUGUGUGCUGAAGGGGAUGGAAGCUCAUUUCCAUUGGCCUGGUAUAGGCAAUGGCCCCCUGCAGAGAGUGAAGGGCUGUGCUGGUGUGUGUGUGUGUGUGUGUGUGUGUGUGUGUGUGUGUGUGUGUGUGUGUGUGUGUGUGUGUGUGUGUGUGUGUGUGUGUGUGGUGGGGACCCAGGAUCUGAAUCUGAAGUUUCUGAAGGGAACCCAGAUCAGGCUGUCUGGGUCUUGACCUUGCCUUGCAGUUCCUUCCCCCCGCAGUAUUUGCGUGGCCUGCCCCUUCUCACGUUUAGGCCACAGCGCUAAAGAUAACCUGUGUCAUUGGUUGCCUUCCCGCAUAUUUGUGGCUCAGGCUGGACUAUUUAUGCCUUAACACAUCUGUUGACAGGCAUGUUGCCUAGGGUGCGCUUUGCCUGGCAUGCUCCGUGCGCCGUCCUGCGUGUCCCCCGCGGCCUGUGGCGGGUGCUGUUGCGGCUGUGGGCGGGAACAGAGCCGAUGCCGGGGACAGUGUGAGGUGGAUUCCUGGGGGUGGUCCCCGGGGUGGGGCGAGCACCCGACUUCGCUUUAAGAAAAUCGUCACGCAAGCCGCCACGCCCUUUUCCUCUGUCGAUAUUAUUUAUUAGUCCCCGCCGGUUGCGUCGCUGUGUGACUAGCAUGCCAGCACCGUCUCUCCGUGACGACUGUCUCUGUGCGCCCAACAGCGUGCGGGCGGGGGAGGCCAGCGCGCCUUGUGGUCCGGCCGCGUCGCUCCCCUCGGCGCUCCCCGCCAGCACCGUUCCGUUCUCUGAGGCCCCGGGGAGAAGAGGCUCCUCUCUUCUUCCCUUCCUUGUGCUUUUAGAUUGUCUGGUGGCCAGAACGGUUUCAAAAGCAAGCGAAUUAUUUGGGGUAAAAGAUUUUGAUUUACUUUUGAAGUAUUACAAUUAUUCUUUUUUUUUUUUAAAAAAAACUGUUUGACUCCACUGACUGGAAUGAAAUCACAAUGUUAGAGCCACUGGAGGCUUUCAAAGAAGAAUCCAAACGAGGAGCAAAAGGAACCGCUGACUGAAAUUUUACUCUUUCUGUGAAAGAAGCCCCCGAGGUGUUGCCUUCGUGGUGGCGGACCGGCCCGCUGGCGCCUGACUGAGCAUGCGCAGGACCCCGGGAACAACUGAGCAUGCGCAGGGGGCAGGGCCGCCCGGGGUGAGGAGCAGGCAUGCGCAGAUCCCUUUUGUGGGUUGGGUUCUUUCCCUAGGAUGGAAAUGGGUCCUGCCUUUAAUCAUUCUGGCCUUGUACCACCAGUGAUUUUUAGAGGCUGCCCGGGUUUUUUUUUCUGUCGUGAAGGUAUUUUUUGGGGGGGGAGUAGAGGAGGUUUGAAUUGUAGCUGAAGUAUAAGCUCCAGGGGCCUUACCAAAGCUGACCCAUUUUCCCUCGCAGGGAGAAAUUGGACUGAGACAGGGGGGCGUGCCUCUUCCCUCCCUCCCUUUGCCCCGGUGCCAUUACGAGGGGGUUACCCGCUUGUUGUCCCUUCUCUACAUGGGUGGGAGAUAGCAGGCCACACUGGCCCUUUCAUUGGGUGCCCAUGGAGCUAAUACCCUCUCUGUCCUCCUGGGGCUGGGUCCCGCCCCGAUGGGGAGCCCAGGAGAGGCUGAGACGUCUCCCCUGUGGGUGGCAAACCAGAUUCGUCUGUGGGCUGUCAUCCCGUGGAUGUGAGUUGGCUUGUUUGUGUCAAUGCCCUCGACACCCCACUGUCAAGCGCUAUAUGUGGGCCACGCCUUGGAAAGAGGCACUGCGUAGUCACAAGUCUCCCAGUGUUCAGCUCAGGUGAUGAAGAACGAGGAGACCCCCGGACUAUGGAAAAGCCCAUCCGCUCGGUCCAUUGGAGGAAGUGUUGACAUCUUCAAGGAGCAUUCCCUUUUCAAUUUUAGGUCUGGAUUAUCACUUGAAUUCUAUCUGACUUGCUGAGUUGUAUUUGUACGUGCCGUGCCGGUGCAACAAUAAAAAUCACUGUAAUACUUCAUUGUGUUGUGCCAGAUGCAAAGCUAGAAAACAUUGCAAUAAAGGAGCCCGAUGAAAGACUUCUAAA